AUGAGUGCCUUAGCUGGACCAAUUAUUGUGGAGCCACAUAUCACAGCAGUAUUGGGGAAGAAUGUUUCACUCAAGUGUUUAAUUGAAGUGAAUGAAACCAUAACACAAAUUUCAUGGGAGAAGAUACAUGGCAAAAAUACACAGACUGUUGCAGUUCAUCAUCCUCAGUAUGGAUUCUCUGUUCAAGGAGAAUAUCAGGGAAGAGUCUCAUUUAAAAAUUAUUCACUUAAUGAUGCAACAAUUACUCUGCAUAAUAUAGGAUUUUCUGAUUCUGGAAAAUACAUUUGCAAAGCUGUUACAUUCCCACUUGGAAAUGCCCAGUCCUCUACAACUGUGACUGUGCUAGUUGAACCCACUGUGAGCCUGAUAAAAGGGCUAGAUUCUUUAAUUGAUGGAGGAAAUGAAACAGUAGCAGCCAUUUGCACAGCAGCCACUGGAAAACCAGUUGCACGUAUUUCCUGGGAAGGUGAUCUUGGUGAGACGGAAUUCUCUACAACUCAUUUUCCGAAUGAAACAGCAACAAUUGUCAGCUAUUAUAAGCUGUUUCCAACCCGAUUUGCUAGAGGAAGACGAAUUACUUGUGUUGUGAAACAUCCAGCCUUGGAAAAGGACGUCCGAUAUUCUUUCGUGUUAGAUAUACAAUAUGCCCCUGAAGUUUCAGUAACAGGGUAUGAUGGAAAUUGGUUUGUAGGAAGAAAAGGUGUUAAUCUCAAGUGUAAUGCUGAUGCAAAUCCACCACCAUUUAAAUCUGUGUGGAGCAGGUUGGAUGGGCAGUGGCCUGAUGGUUUACUGGCUUCAGACAAUACUCUUCAUUUUGUCCAUCCACUGACUUUCAAUUAUUCUGGUGUUUAUAUCUGUAAAGUGACAAAUUCCCUUGGUCAAAGAAGUGAUCAAAAGGUUAUCUACAUUUCUGAUGCUCCACUUAAGCAGACAUCUUCUGUAGCUGUAGCUGGAGCUGUGAUCGGAGCUGUCCUUGCCCUGUUCAUCAUUGCUGUCUUUGUGAUUGCGCUGCUGACUCCUCGGAAAAAGCGACCUUCCUACCUUGACAAAGUGAUCGACCUUCCUCCCACACAUAAACCACCUCCUGUAUAUGAAGAACAGUCCCCACCUUUGCCUCAGAAAGACCUUCUUUAUCAGACUGAACACUUGCCUCUGCAGACUCAGUUCAAAGAAAGAGAAGCCGGCAGUCUUCUGCCCUCUAAUGGACUCCAUGGCAGGAGAUUUGACUACGAGGAUGAGAACGCAGUGGGAGGAGACGGAAUUCAGCAGAUGUACCCCCUUUACAGUCAGAUGUGCUGUGAAGACCCAAGCACCGGCAAACAUCAAAGCAACAACCCGGAGAAAGUCUACAUCAACCCGCGAGAACAUUAUGUGUGAUGUUUAUCAUUUUCCAGUGGGUAUUCUAGCAAAUGUUUAUUCUUAGAUUGGGGAGAGAAAACUGAGUCCAAUAGUUAUUUUAUUCUCGCUCAUAUACUAGUCCCAAUCUAAGUGUAUUAAAAGUCUUGAUGAAUGGCGUGCAGCUAAUAGCAGAUUUCUUUCCUGCAUUAGGAGUUUCUUAACCACCAGCUGUGUUUGUGAACCUGACUCUCGCUUUGUGUGUUUCUGUGACGCUGAUGUUUAACUACUAACAUUUGGCCUACAAUGGAAUGUUCAUUUGAAAGUACAGCAUCUGCCUGUGAUGAUUGCAGUGAUUCUUCUGAAAGAGAGGCCCCAGCUGGUAGUGUUAACCUCCAUGGGUCUCAGGCAGCCAGCCUGUUCCUCUGUAAUUCAGACGGGGAGAAAAAUGAGUUCAGAAUCCAUUUCACUGGUUGUUUAGCCAGAAUUUAGAUUUGCCUAACAUUCAGAAUACAAUUACAAUACCUGUGUACAAGCAGAGGCCCCAGGAAAGAAACAAAACUUGCUUUUUUAGCCAAAACAAUAGAAAGAAUUUUAAAGUGUUAAAACGUCGGUUGCUUUUAAACGCUCCUGUUGUUGUAUAAGGUUCUGAGGGAUCUGCAGUUCCUCCUGUUACCUGCUGACUUGUAACUAGCUGUGUGUAAUGCAGGUCAUCUCUCGCUCUGCAAUUGUUCCCGCAGCCCUGUUGUUUACCUCCAGAUUCGCCUGUGUCCUCCUGACUUCAGUAAGCCCCACUAAAAGCUGUCUAGCCCAUAGCCCUGUCCCUCUCCUCUCUAGUGCAAGCUCAGUUUUCACUUCUGAAAUUUCUUCCAAACGAAUCUCAGUCUACACAAGCUUUAGCUACCAUUCUACUUUCUUCAGACCGCUUAUCUUCCUUGUUUUAUCUACCUCAGAAAAGACCACUGGAAAAUCACCAUGAAAUGACUCCUGCUCUUAAAAGCCACGUGGAGAAUUUGAAAACAUUUUUUAAAAGGCUAUUUCAAUAUGCAGUGUAUGCUAAACCCACAUGUCUUAUAUCCUUCCUUCUCUACGUGGUCAGCAAGCGCGAAGAGAUGCUAAAAAGCAAGGAAGAUAGCGACUUACCUAUCAGGGUAUCCUACAACGCUUUGAUGUCUGCAGAUGUCUGCCUUGAGAGUUCUCAUCUCCCUUUGUCAACUUUCGUCACUGAAAUUGACAGGAGUAAUUACAGUGGGGUGGGCAGAGACAGAAGGAUCCCAGGUACAACUGCAAAUGUCCAUCACUCUCCCUCGCAUCUUAAAGAAAGUGUAAUUUUACUGUGCAUUCUGGAAGAUGAGCUGUAUCACAGAUUUUUUUUAAAAGCUUACAAGCUUCUCACAUACUUAAAAACAUGGCAUGCACACUGAAAUGAUUGGAAUAGGACAUGUUUCCAAGCUAAAGCGCAAGGGGAAAGGAGAAUAUUAACGUAGAUUUCUAAUGAGAUGCCAAAGAUACUGUCUGAUUCAUGUUAUGCUGACUAACUUUGUUUUCUUUUUCUACUUGUCAUACAAACUCCACAUGUUGUUCUACAAUAGUGAUACACCCUCCCCUAUCACUUGGGUGACAAACAAUUCUGGGAAAAGGGUUGUUUAAAUUCCAUCGCGAUGCUUUGGCUAGGUAAUUAGCAAUUUCAAGGGCAAUAGCUGCAGAGCAUCAAAGAGUAAAUUCUAAUGACCCUCGUUGCUGAAUCCCUGCACUACCUCAGAGUGAGAGUUUACUGCCCUUUGUAGAAAAGACGACAGUCAAGUCUAUUACUUAGAAUACCAUCACUGAGUUAGUGUCACUAAAGGUAUAGGAAUUUUGAGAUAUUUCUCCACCAGUAAAAUGGACUACGGUGAGAGCUCUUCAUCACAGCGAAGUGUUUCAGAAAUACUGGCUAUGAUGGAGAGGAUAUGCAUCACCUCUAGAAAGCUUUAAAAGUGGCCUACAUUCUGGAAAUGGUUUUGAGAAUACUACUGGGAAGCAAGUUUUUGAGUUAGCAUAACAAAAGCACACUAUGGACACAGGAAGACUAGAGAUGUCUUCCUUUGCAGCAGAGAAAGGGAUUUGUAAGCACUAAAUUUCAGGCGCCCUCUGUCCUGCCUCUGCAUGGUCCUAUGAGGAGUCCACUGUCCACCCUUAACAUUCUUGGUACAGUUAUAGAAAAACAAUUUUAGGAUGCAGACACCUCUCAUGCAGCAAGCUGCUUUAACAUCCUCUGUGCCUGCCAGCUAUGAUAUUUCUUGGACAAACUGGCAGACUUUGAGGCGAUUGGCCCUUGUAUGGGUCACAUAACUAUAAUAGCUUGUCCCAGUGCCUCCCAUCUGUCUCUCUAAAAGCCUCGCUAAAUAAAGAGGAGCUUUAAAAGGAUUUGAUCCGCCAACCCCUCAACCAAAGAAAUACCAUCCAAAAUUAGCCAGUGGAUCUCUAAAUGUGGAGUCUAGACUACUUGGCGAUGCUGUUUAAAUUUGGAAGUUAGACUCUUACAGGUCAGUGAAUUAGGCUGAGGUAUAUGAUCACAGCUGAUAUGAGAUACUCUUUCCAUAACUGGUUUACUAAAACACACAAACAGAAAUAAACCCCGCAGCACGUGCUGCUUUCGGAUGUGCUCGUGGAUUCCAAGGGAAAGGGAAACGCGCUCUCCUUCUUAAGCACAGCCCGCAUUGCCUGUUCCUUGGAAGCGCAUCCCCAGGACUGCGCACCACCCUAACGCCAAGUGUCUGCACCACCCAGAAUUGACCUGACAUACUGGGUCAGGAAUCGUAAAUGGCAGUGAUGCAAUAUCUCUUCUGUGAGGGGUCUCCCUUUGCCUGGCCUUCUUACAUGUUCCACAUUUAAAGAAGUCUGUGUUCUUUGGGAGCACAUACUAUGAAAUUCUUACCUGUGCUAGGCUUCUCUGUAACAUACAAACAGUAGUGAUGAAAAAAUAUGCUGUAAAUUCAGUGAAUUGGUGCCCUCCUUAUUUUCUGUGGCCUUACCCACAGGAAAAGGACAGUCUCUUCACCCUUCUGUUGGAAAUGGUUUUCCAAGUCCCCUUCCACAGUAGUGUAAAAAUCACACUUUGGUUUGUGAUUGUUCAGCCUCUCCCCACCCCGUGCUGGGUCCCUGACACUGUUCUUCAUGCGUAAUAGCACCUGCCUUUGUGCUUCCGAGUCCCUGGGGUGCAGAGGAUAGACCAUUAUCCCAGCCAUCAAAAGAGCAGGUUCGGCUCCUGGCUUUUCCACUUCCUAGCCAUAGAAUCUUAGGCAAUUCACUUAUCAGUUGUCCUCAUCCACAAAGCAGAGAUUAUAAUACCUUCCCUGCCAGCCUUUCAGAACUGUGGUGAGAAUUAAACAGGGUGAUAAUAGAUGGGAAAUGGUAAGUUCCCUUCAAGCUGACAUUCUUACUGCUGUCUGUCAAACCUAAACUUCCAGUGCCCUUGCCAGCGUCUAGAGUGCUAUGAUGUUCUGGCGGAGGACCAGGCAGCCACGUAGAAGAACCAGGCGGCAGCAUGGAAAUUUCAAUUUGACUUAAUCUGAGUACAGCUGAGUGCAGGUGGCAGAUACUCCUUUUACUGUAAUGAGCAUUUGUCAGAUGGCAGGCUUCGCAUCUGAAUCUCAGCCUUUUCACUUUGAAAAUGUAUGUUUCUAUGACCAGCGGUUGGUCUCAUUUUCAAAUUACUACUAGUGACAGCUCACGUUGUUGAGGGUGUAGUAUGCACAGGAUGCUAGGAAAAGCUCCCUACACAUAUCAUCUCACUGAGUAGGACCACACUCCUGUUUUGUCCGAUUUGCAGGAUCUCCUCAUAACAUGCAAGGAUAAUUGGUACUUCUUUCAAAUCUGCUUUUGAGAUUAGGGAAUAAAACUGUCUUGAUUUCCUGUAUUUUAAAGCAGAGACAUAAAAGGGUAUAAGGAGAAAAACCUAAGAAGUGUUAAAAAUGAAAGCAAAUGAUGUGCUCGUUUUUCUUAGUGUUUGACCGCUAAAUACUCAGAGUCACCUGCAUUAUAUUAACCAUAGUCACAAAAGUAACUAGCCAAAUAAUUAAAACCACUCUUUCUUACUUGCUUCAGUGUCAGUGGGAACAGACUUCUCUCUACCAGCCCCUCCUCAGCUUAGCUGUUUGAUAUAAAGUACUCAGUGCUCUGUUUGUCAGGGGUAGCAGCACUUGUAAAGUGGACAGCUGGAAAGAAAGUUGGCUUGAAAGAAAGCCAAGAGAGGCAUAGGGGGUGUGACGUAGGAAUGUCAGGGUCGCCACCUGUGGCUCCGCUCGGCUGCUCUUGUUCCUGCAUUGCACCGGCAAGCCCUGCCUACAUCACUGGGCCAUUUGUAGACCUUAUUGAAGACCCAAGAACUUGCAUCCCUGUUAAACUAGAAACUAAUUAUAACUGAGCUGAUCUUGUUACACUCAUUAAAAUAUAUGCAGUUUGGGCACUCACAACUAUUAGGUUGUUUUAGUAGCCUUCUGUAGAUAAGAAUAGGUGAGGGUUUAUGUCUUCUCUUACCCUCACCGGGUGACUUAGACCAAGCACUGAAUCAUGCAUGUUUAUAAGCAGUCAGGCAUCAGAACAGUUAUCUAACCUGUCCUGUAAGCUUGAAAACAUCCCAACUCUGUCCUGUUCUUCUAGACAAUGCAGCAACAUUCUACCCAAGAGUUUUCUUAGCAGUGAGACCAAUAAUACUUCAGCAGAUUUAGUCACACAACCAAUUUACUAAUUGACUUCUACACUAAAUAAGUUAGGAAUUUCAAGCCAACUGGGCUUGUUCAUGCAAAGGCUAGGCCCUACCCGGUAGGGGCCAGUCCACUUAUCUUUACAUCACUAAUUUGACACUGAAAAUAUUCACUUUUUAACAAAGUUUCUGGUGUUGCGCUGUCUCAGGGUAACAGCCUCUGAAGUGACUGGGGAUUUUCGAAGGCUACACUCUUGGGUGUAGUCCUCAUAGGGUACUUCUCAUAACCAACCACCCCUCUGGUAUGUAUACAGAUGGAUGGACACAAGUCAAAAUAAGUUAAAGAAUUAUACAACUAUAACUUUUUUGAUGAUUUCUCAGAUUUUCCCCACUCUUACAUUUGCAUGGGGUGGAACUAUUCCCUGCUCUCAUGUCAGCAACUUGCUGAAUAGAAUUUUACUGGCAUUAAUCCUCAGUGGCAACUUUUUCUUUCUGGGGUGUGCAUGCAUGUGUGUGUGUAUGUGUGUGUGUGUAAGAGAGAAUGAAAGAGAGAAUCUUAAACUUUAUCUUUCCAGUUUAAAUUUCUAAACCAUUCAUGUAUUACUGUAUGUUACUUGUUGUAUUAGUUAUUCUACUCUACUAAGUUUCACCCUCAUUGUAGGAAUUUAAACUUCAGUAGACUAGAAUGAAAGAACGUUUUUAAAAAUUGAGAAGACACUAAACAUCUUCCUGUCAUAAAUUAUCACUUGGGACCAUGGUGUAGAAAUCAUCUCUGAAUCUCAGGGAGAAGGGAAACUAUUAAUGACAAAUAAAAAACAUUCUCUAGCCCAUGGAAAUAAAUCUGUUCCAUUGAUCACAAUCAGAAUAUCACAAUCAGUUUGGAGGCUCAGCCUUUGGUCUCUAUCAAAUGACAUACAUCCCUACAUCAAAAAGUACUGGUUACAUUCUUGUCCUGCAGCUGAGAGGGUUAGAGUUACAUACCUGAGUUUCAGAAGAACAGAUGUUCUCAAUAUCAGCACCACGUAAACAUAUGGGAAAGCGACAGCUCCAUGAAUUAGCAAUAGGCAGGGUGCUGUCCUCUAAGUCCUCCUGCUCUAAGUCUGUGCUAUUCACAGUUGCUGCAUGCACAUGAGUUACAGAGAAGGCGUGCCCGUUGGAUCCAAGGAGGUAUACUAACAUUUCAAUAGACCAAAUGCAGUUUUCUCAGAUAUUUCAGUCUUUUGCUUUAUACAAGGGGGUGGGCAGUUGCGGUUUUUUCCCAGCUCUACUAUUUAAACUUUCUAUGAUCAGGUCCCCUGUGGCCUACCAAGAUCCUUGGUAUCAUGACCUAUGCUGGUUGUAUUUAUUACCGUAGCAUGGUGAAAGUCAAUUAGAGGCAAUCUUGAGGGGCAGCCUCCAUGAGAAUUCACAACAUCAAGUUUGCUACACUGAGUAGAAUUAUGGCUGCUCCUAUGACAUACAUGUCUGACAGCCACUAAGAAAUGUUUUUUGUGUCUCCUCCAGAGGUUAAUUUUUCUUAAUAACUUAUGGUGGAUCUGUGAAGCCCUGAGUUGUACAUGAUUUUCCAAGUGAAUAGGCACCUUUGUUUUGGUUUCUGAUAGUGACAAGUUAUUUUUUAAUCUACUGUAGCGUAUUGAUCAGGCUACAUUAAAGUCCUCUCUCCUAUUAUAUUGAUGGCUCAGGAUUCAUUACAUAUUAACUAGAGCCAGCAGCAGCUUGAGCUAAAUGCCUACUCUUGUCCACACUGCACUUCAUUUAUGUGUUUGCUUUUUUCACAUCAUCUUGCAAGAAUUUAUUACAAAUAUUCUUUCCAGCUAAGCAUUUCAAUGCUCAGAUGUUUGUCUUCUUCGGUUUCAUUGUAUACUUGAAAUUCCAAGCCCUUUGUCAAAAAAAAGUUAAGUAGCUGGGAUUGCUGCUAGAUCCCUGGAUUAUUCCACUUGUCCACCCAUAAAAGUCCCUGUUUAUCCUCUACCUUCUGUUUCUAUUUCCAAGCCAGUGUUUUAAGACAUAACAUCUGUUCCAGCCUGUUCACUCUUUAUGUGGUCUUAACCUCUUGACGUCUUUACUUCUCAACUUUAUUCCUGUAAGUUAGUGUUCUCUAAGUCAUGGGGGUUUUAGUAGGGGUAGGGGAUAGGAUGUUUAAGGGUUAUGUUCAAGAGAAAUCCUUCUUUUAAAGUGAUUUUAUAAAAGCCCCUUGGCUUAAGAAUGAGAAACUUUAUACCUCUUUUUUCUAUUCUUGUUUUGCUAUUUUUACUUCUGAAAAGUGAUCUCUGUCUAAAGAAUAUUCUGGUUUUAACUUUCUCCUUAUCAACCCUUUUCACACUAAAAUCUCUACCUUAUCCAUGUUCUGAACUUUCUGCUUAUGGAACCAAAAUUAAUUCUCACGCAACAAAUCCCAAUACUAUUACUCCUAUCAUUAAACAAAUUAGCAUCCUCUGCUGGAAGAAACAUUCCUACAAGAAGCCAGAAGCUAAUUGGGUCUCACUCUGGACCAGGUGAGAUCUCCUCUUGUGUCCUGCUUCUCCUUGUGUAAACUGAGGCUCGUAUGUCUAUUUUACAGCACCUGGGUGCUGUGAGUCCGGAUUUCUAAAUGGUGAAAAGCAUUUUGCAAAUGUCCUGACCACAUACAUACACUGUAGAUCAUCUGGAGAGGCUUUGGGUAGGAAUAGAUCCUUGUGUAGCUCAAUUCAGAAUACUGAUCCAUUGUCUUCAGAGGAAAUGUUUUACUAACUUUCUGUUCUUUUAUCAGUGGAAAUUAGUUUCUAGUCAUUUGAACUAUUUUAUUUUGAUGUAUAAGAAAUGAGCAAUAGCAUGUAUUUUUGCUGGUCGGAAAUUACCCAAGUUAUAUUUUUAAAAUGAUACAGCUGCAACUUUGCAUAACAAUGUACUUGGGUAAAGAUUAUUUUAGAUGUUACAAAAUACAGAAAUACAAAGACUAGCUUUGAAUUUGAGAUUGUAUUUUAAAUAAUAGAUUUGUAAUUUUUUUAGAUAGUCUUUUAUUUUUAAGUUACCAUAAACUGUAUUUUAUUUUUGCAGUUUUGAACUAUAUAGUUCUUUACAUGUUUGAAAUAAAGUGUUUAUCAACUAAGUUUUUUAUUUAUAUUAUCAAUUAAUCAAUUAUUAAAAUAUAAAUUAAAUAUAAAAAUAACCUAAUUACAUGACUGUAAAAUUUAAGGUUGAAAGAACUUCUAUGUCAACUAUUUCUAUACUUGAGUCCUUUAUAAAACUUUUAGAAAUACUAACAAGUACUUUUCAGCCACAUAAAAAUGCUUUUAAAUCA